AUCUGCACUGACUGCAGGCCCUGCUUUUUAUUAGAGUUCAAGCUGAUGGGAAUACACAGACGCUGAUGACACCCACACACGUAUCCUGCGAUUCUGGGCUAAGAACUACACAAAUACAUUGUCAUCCCUCCUACAUGUACAGGAUUCUCCCUGAACCUUACCAAACAACAUAGGAUACAUCAUGGGGCUCUGCAGCAAACAUUGCAUUCAUCCAAGAGGAGGUGGUGAUAUGUUAUAGCUGGGGUCGCAUGCCUCUCAGACAGGACAGUUCAGACACUGAUGUUGCUCCACUCCUACCGCGGAUCCCACAGCAGACAGGUCGUCCUCAGCGGGGGGGCACCUGCUGUCCCGCUCCGCGCUGCAGUGGCUGUGAGAUGAGAGCAGCCUACAUGAUUAGUGCACAGCUGGAGAGACAGGCAGACCUGUAACACCUGAGCGGACUUCCAACAUUACAGCAUCGCACGCACGGGAGACGCGCGUCAGGGCGACUCUCCAUCCAGAAAUGAUGCCCCGUCUGCCGUGCGGCGGCAGGACAACUUGCGGGACAACUGGCACCUUUUUGUCGGCAUGUUUGGUGUCUGCCUGUCAAGCCCUCCGGAACUGCGGGGAGGUCCAGUGCGGCGAUGGCCACCAGUGCUGUCCGCCCAUCGUCACCGGGAACGGCAGUGUGAGCUCCACGGUGCGCUGCUGCAAGCUCCCCAUCCACAUCUUCUUCGACAACGUCGGCUGGUUUACGCGGAAGCUGUCGGGCAUCCUGAUCCUGCUGCUGCUUUUCGCCAUGGGCUACUUCAUCCAGCGGAUCAUCUGCCCGCGGCCCCGCCGGCACCCGCACCAUGACCGCAGCGAGGAGCCUUCCCUCUUCCACGGGCACGCAUCGGCGUCCCAGGACUCCCUGCUGGACCGGUACCCCGAGUACAGCCUCGGGGACUUCGCCUCCCCGAACCUGCCUGCAUACGACGAGGUCAAAUACUUGCCCACGUAUGAGGAGAGCAUGCAGGAGAUGCACAGAGACCGCUCCGAUGAUAACUUGCUGUCAGAGAGCGAGAGGGGCGGCCAGGGAAGGGUGAGAGCCGCGGGACCGAGAGCUGGAGACCAGAGACAGGAUGUCCUGGAGGUGUCAGGACCGCAACACAGCCCAAGGACAUCUCGGAACUCUGUCUGAGACUGACCACAGACAAUAUAGCAUUCUUAUUUUAAUAUAAUCAGGGUAAUUAUCUUGCAGAGAUAUAAACUCAAGUGCAAUUAUAAUCCUGAAUGUUAAGAAUAAAGGAGGAGGCUGAGAAAAUGUACGUGUUUUGGAAGAUUAUAGCGGAUUACUCGCCUUUUGUAUGCAAAUAACCGCUUGGGUUAAGUAAAGGGAGAUUAUGGGGAGAGAAGGCGGCUGAAAUUGACGCUCUUUGUGAUGGGGAUGGCUAAUUUGGCUCCGGUACAAUCGCAUUAAGUUUUACUUCAGCACCUCAAUGUUCAGUGGCACCCUGAGACAGUUCUUCUUCUGUCAUAUUCUCGCCCUUUCUUAGUCUUAAUGCUAAAUAUUCAACUGGACCUGAAAGACCUCUUUUUCUUUUCUUUAUUGAAUUUGCAUCCAAAAGGAAGAAUAUUUAGAUUUUUCCCUCAGUAACCUGAAAUGUGGGCUGGAAGAGGGAGUGAAGGGAUGAAUAUUAAUUUUAGUACUUUUUGCAGCACACAUUUUUAUCAGCAGGCUUUAGAGACAGUUAAUUUAUAGCUUAUCAGCAUGAAGGCAAUAUUUUCUCAAUGUGACUCACACACAUGCACACACACACACACACACACACACACACACACACACACACACACACACACACACACACACACACACACACACACACACCUCACUGGGGACUGACAGAUGAGCAUUUUAUCAGUGACCUGAGCCGUGUCUGUUACUGCACAAGCUGAAGCCACAGCAGGGAAGUGCAUUUUUUUUUUUUUAGCUCUGAUCCUGGGAGCCUUGCUGCCUGAGGCUACAUGUAUCAGUGUCUCCCAGGUUCUGAGUUCAGUAAAAACAAUGGCAGAGAUUACAGCUGGCAUACUGAUAUGGCGUAAGCUGCCAAGGAGCAAAGUUGUGCUUUGAUGAUAGCAUGUCAGACAAGAUCACAACUGCUGCCCCAAGCAGAAUGAACACUGUACAGCUCAGACCAAGCAAAGGAAAAAGGCAAAGGGACAUCUAACAGGAAACAAGGGUGAGACAGAGACAGGAGGAAACCUUCAGACCUACUUGUAUGUUCAUCUCAAGUGUGUGACUGUCCUGUGCUACUUUGCAUUUACGACUAAUCAGACAAGAAGUGUCUUUGUGUUGCUACAAACUGAAAACCAAGUCAACACCACACACACCUCAUUACCUCAGGCUUAAUGACCUGUUUACCUGGAUUAAAGAAAAAGGUGUACUUGCCAUUAACUGUCCAUUAAAAUGCCUCAUUAUGUUAUAACAUUAACAUUUGUUAUUGUCACUUUACUUUGACAUUCAC